AUGCCCACCACCCGACCACCCUCCGCUCUUCAGCAAGCCUGGUACAAAUGGAAAGCCCUCCGACUUCCCUGGCGGAAACAAUGGCUCGUGGGCGCCGACCUAGCAGGAAACACCUUCUGGGAAUUCAAAGACGCUCUGAAUGCGAAUCGGUUAAGGAGGAUCGUGCGGUACACACGGAAGAUUCAUUAUGCGGAUGUGAAGAUUAGUCCGCAAUGGCAUCAAUGGCUUCGACACACGCGCGAGGAAGCACCUUCGAUUCAAGAGCAGCAGUAUGAGAUUUCGAGGCAGGCGAUGAUGAAGAGGUUAGCUGCGGAAGCGGAUGAGCGGUGGAAGAGUAUACCCUCGUUUCUCGAUGCGCCGAGUAAGCAGCAGCCGCAACCAGCGAUUGGAGUGGAGGAUCCUGGUGGGUACGCGCAGCCGACGGAGCCGGAGGAGAAGCAGGGUGUAAGGAAUGCUGUUGAGAGUGAGGAGAAGGUCGCGGCGGCGAGUGAGGGGAGAGUGGAAGAUGAAGGGAGGUUUAGGGUAAGGACGAGGGAGAAGAAGGGACCGAAAGAGAACCCUUGGGCACAUCUGCAGCCGAAGGGAGCACCAAGUGAGAGCUGGCAGCCGCAGGAAUGGACGCCGGGUGUGGCGCAAAGAGGGCGAUAA